AUGAACUCCGUCAGAGCGAGCAGCGUUAGCAGAAGACCCAGGCGACUGUCGAGGCCGCGCCCGGUGCAGGAGAGGAACCCGCAGGACAGAGCAGAUGAGGACGAGCCUGCAGAUAUGGUUGCAGAAGAAUCCGGUCCAGGAGCUCAAAACAGUCCAUACCAGCUUAGAAGGAAGUCUCUACCCAAGAGAACAGUGUGUCCAGCAAAGACGAACAUGGAGGGUGCUUCUACAUCAACAACAGAACAUUUUGGACACAGACCAAAGCGCCCCAGAGUGUCAGGAAAGUGUCAAGAUUUACCAGCAGCCCCAGCAGAGCAAUAUUUACAAGAAAAGCUUCCAGACGAGGUUGUACUAAAGAUCUUCUCCUACCUUUUGGAGCAAGAUUUGUGUCGCGCAGCAUGUGUGUGCAAAAGAUUCAGUGAACUUGCCAACGACCCUAUCCUCUGGAAAAGGCUCUACAUGGAAGUUUUUGAAUAUACACGGCCCAUGAUGCAUCCAGAGGCUGGGAAGUUUUACCAGAUUAACCCUGAAGAGUAUGAGCAGCCAAACCCGUGGAAGGAGAGCUUCCAACAGCUGUAUAAAGGAGCUCAUGUGAAACCAGGUUUUGCGGAACAUUUCUACAGUAAUCCUGCCAGAUACAAAGGCAGAGAGAAUAUGUUUUACUAUGACACCAUUGAGGAUGCCCUAGGAGGGGGGCAGGAGCCUCAUUUUGAUGGCUUGAUAUUUGUCCACUCUGGCAUUUAUACAGAUGAAUGGAUCUACAUUGAGUCACCAAUUACAAUGAUUGGAGCUGCUCCGGGAAAAGUGGCAGAAAAAGUCAUAAUUGAGAACACCAGAGAUUCUACCUUUGUCUUUAUGGAAGGCUCUGAGGAUGCCUAUGUUGGAUACAUGACUAUAAGGUUCAAUCCGGAUGAUAAAUCUGCCCAGCACCACAAUGCGCACCACUGCUUAGAGAUUACCGUCAACUGUAGUCCUAUUAUUGAUCACUGCAUCAUACGCAGCACGUGUACAGUGGGUUCUGCUGUCUGUGUGAGUGGCCAAGGCGCUUGUCCCACAAUCAAGCAUUGCAACAUCAGUGACUGUGAAAACGUGGGCCUCUAUAUCACUGACCAUGCACAGGGAAUAUAUGAAGACAACGAGAUCUCAAAUAAUGCUCUGGCUGGCAUCUGGGUGAAAAACCAUGGCAAUCCGAUAAUCAGACGUAAUCACAUUCACCAUGGUCGAGAUGUUGGCGUUUUCACUUUUGACCACGGCAUGGGCUACUUUGAAAGCUGUAACAUCCAUAGGAAUCGUAUAGCAGGUUUUGAGGUGAAGGCAUAUGCCAACCCAACAGUGGUCCGCUGUGAGAUACAUCACGGUCAGACGGGGGGCAUUUAUGUCCAUGAAAAAGGCCGGGGACAGUUCAUAGAGAAUAAGAUCUAUGCAAAUAAUUUUGCUGGAGUCUGGAUUACGUCCAACAGUGACCCAACAAUAAGGGGUAAUGCCAUUUUUAAUGGUAACCAAGGAAUUCAGAUCAGGACCAACAGCUGUCCUAUUGUCAGACACAACAAGAUUCAUGAUGGGCAGCAUGGAGGCAUCUAUGUGCAUGAAAAAGGACAAGGUGUCAUCGAGGAGAAUGAAGUGUACAGUAACACGCUGGCCGGAGUGUGGGUUACGACGGGCAGCACGCCCGUGCUGAGGAGGAACAGGAUACACAGUGGGAAACAGGUUGGAGUCUACUUCUAUGACAAUGGCCAUGGUGUCCUUGAAGAUAAUGACAUUUACAAUCACAUGUACUCUGGAGUUCAAAUUAGAACCGGUAGCAAUCCCAAAAUCAGGCGCAACAAAAUCUGGGGUGGGCAAAAUGGUGGCAUUUUAGUUUAUAACUCAGGAUUGGGCUUUAUUGAGGACAAUGAGAUCUUUGACAAUGCUAUGGCAGGAGUUUGGAUCAAGACUGACAGUAAUCCAACUCUUAGGAGGAAUAAGAUUCACGAUGGUAGAGAUGGGGGAAUCUGCAUCUUUAAUGGAGGAAGAGGUUUGUUAGAAGAAAAUGACAUCUUCCGAAAUGCUCAAGCAGGAGUCCUAAUUAGCACCAACAGCCAUCCAGUGUUGCGGAAAAACAGGAUAUUUGAUGGUUUUGCUGCAGGUAUUGAGAUCACCAACCAUGCCACAGCCACUCUUGAGGCCAAUCAGAUCUUCAACAAUCGCUUUGGAGGGUUGUUUCUUGCAUCUGGUGUCAAUGUUACAAUGAAAGAUAAUAAAAUAUCGAACAAUCAAGAUGCCAUUGAGAAGGCUGUUAGCAGAGGUCAGUGCCUCUACAAAAUUUCAAGCUACACCAGCUACCCAAUGCACGAUUUUUACAGGUGUCACACCUGUAACACAACAGACCGUAACGCCAUCUGUGUGAACUGCAUUAAGAAGUGUCAUCAAGGACACGAUGUGGAGUUCAUCAGACAUGAUAGAUUCUUCUGCGACUGUGGUGCUGGGACGCUGUCGAAUCCUUGCACGUUAGCUGGGGAGCCCACUCAUGACACAGACACUCUGUAUGACUCAGCUCCUCCUAUAGAGUCCAAUACACUGCAGCACAACUGA